AUGCAAAGCCCCCCUAAAUGCCCCCCACUUGGGAAGUUCGCGGUCGGCUGGAUUGCAGCACUACAGAGCGAGUACCUAGCUGCCAAGCAAGUACUUGACUUUGAAUACACCCAACCUGCCUUUGACCUCUCGUUAAGUGGUGGCAACGUCUACACCUUCGGCCGUAUAGGAGAGCACCAUGUGGUGAUAGCCACGCUCGGACGAUAUGGCACGCUCCCAGCCGCCGCCGUCCUGAACGGGCUGCAAAAAAACUUUCCAUUUCUACAGUUUGUACUCAUGGUUGGCGUUGCUGGCGGCGUACCAACUGGGGCAGAUGAUGUACGCUUAGGGGAUGUGGUGGUCGCCAACAGAAUGGUUCCGUACUCGGUCAACAAGAAGUGCCCGAACGCAGAACAGUUCAACGGAGUCGUCGUCAUACCGGAGGAUAAUCUGCUGUCAGCCGCCACCAAGGUUCGAGCAAUGAUUGAGGAAGACACCGUCGAUCUCGAGAACAUCAUCAUAGAGAGAUUUGUCAAAAACAGGCGCAUUCAGGACAAGUUCCGCCGCCCUGAGGAUAGAUCUGAUCGUCUGUAUCAACCCAACUACGAACAUACCAGCGACCGCGACUGUGACUGCCUACAGGAUACAUCACGCGUCCCAGCAAAAUUAGUGAUCCGACCCGAACGAAAGCAGUAUGAUCGAAUCAAAGUCCAUUGCGGGGCGAUCGGAUCGGCCGAUUGCGUGGUGAAGGAUGCCAUGGAGCGCGACAGACUGGCCCACCAGUUCAAACUUCUCUGCUUCGAUAUGGAAUCCGCUGGCUUGAUGGCCAAUUUUCCUUGUCUUCCGAUUCGAGGCAUCUGCGACUACUCCGAUUCCCACAAAAACAAAGGCUGGCAAGGAUACGCUGCGGCUACCGCCGCGGCGUUUGCAUUGAGCUUGCUCCACGUCGUUCCUCAUCAAAAUUGGCAGGCCGCUGGUCACAAUAUUGAUGCGGAAGCUUUGCGCCAGCACAUUAAACAAGUUUUCGAUGGCGUCAUGCGAGUGAUAUCCCCUGGAGGAGAAGGGGAGACAUUGACACUGGAAGGCGCAAGGCAGGCCCUAGACGAGAUUCGAGAUACCGUCCACAAGCUAGAUCAGUUGUCUGAGACAAGGACGCAGGAACUCAAGGAAACCACCCAGUCCGCACUGGACAAGAAAGCCGCCGAUAUCGACCAAGCCAAAAGCCGGCUAAACCAGAUAGAGACGGAGCAAAACCACAUGCGGAAAUUGCUGGAGGAGUUGUGUGGGAAGAUUGCACAACAACAUGAGAAGAGCCCGCAGGAAGAACGGGAAAAGUGGGAUACCGUCCACGACGAGGCUCAGAAGAACAGCACAUGGUUGAAGGAGAGGACUGAAUCGACCACUGCAGCGCUGGAGUCUACUGCAGAGAUGCUGGGCAAUGUGGGCAGUCUCACGAAUAACUCCGAAAUCAGGAAAACGAGCAAUCACGUCAAUGGCGCUAUCGGGAUGGCGAAAUGCGCUACCACCACGACCGCCGCGUCCAUCCCCGGUGCCCUACUUGGAAGCGGUACAAAGGGGAUGUGUUAUCCAUCUACAUCCAGUUACUUCCACACUAGUCUCACAGUCACCUCGUUCACAGUCACCGAGCUCUAUCGAAAACGAACCCAGCAUGACCUCGACCCCUCCAUCUUUGUCGUCGUCAUCAUCAGAACCCUUCUCAGCCCCAAUCUUAAAAGUUCGCCGAUCAGAGAGAACCGCACCGCCACCUCCCCCCAAGCCCUACCGUCUUAG